AUGGGAGUUCAAGGCCUUUGGGACCUCGCAUCUCCGGCAGGGCAGCGCGUGAACUUUACUGCCCUCGAGAACAAGGUGGUCGCCGUAGAUGCGAGCAUCUGGAUGUACCACUUCCUGAAGGCCAUGAGAGACGAGAAAGGCGACAUGCUGAAGGGUGCGCACAUGAUUGGCUUCUUCCGGCGAAUCUGCAAGCUGCUGUACCUCAAAAUCAGACCAGUCUUUGUCUUUGAUGGGCCUCCGCCAGCACUCAAGUGGCAGACUUUGCGACUCCGAGCGCAGCAGCGGGCAUCGGAGGAACGCAUACGUAAAAAAGCGGUAGAAAGACUUCUCCGAAAUCAGCUUCAGCAGCACCUUCUGCGUGCGGCUGGUGCCGCAUCUAGCGCGGCAGCUGGAGCUUCGAACAUCGAAGGGGAGAGGGAGGCGGGCGAGCGCAGCGCAGACGAGCCGGCAGCUACUCGUGAACGCGAGCAGGACGUGCAACAAGACGCUGAGGACGAGGGCUCGCAGUCCGAGGAGUCUGUGGCCUCUGCCCAUCCACCGCCGGAAAUGCCAGCUGCAGGCAGCCGCCGUUGGGAGCGCCGCCGUACGCGUAACGGCACUGUGCCACUGCCCUUCCGGGGCUUCAUGGCCAAGCGUCGUGGCGUGUCUGAGGUUGUUGUUCCUGAACUUCCGGAUGAGCCGCUCCGAGACAUUUUGCAAGUUCCCGAUCGGCGAAAUGCGAGAGGUCGAAUGCGUCAGCCGGACGAGUGGAAGGCAGGGAAGUGGGGAAAGGGCAGUGCAAAGGCUGCGAUAUUUCAUCUGUGGGGAUGUGCAUGA